AUGUCUCCAUCACUUGAAUCAACGGGUCUUCGUCAAGAGGUUGUUCUCGUUGCCUUUGCGGCAGUGGGAUUAUGUGUCUUUGCUGUGUAUGGAUGGAUGCGCAAGGGAAAAACUGCUGUCAAAACGGACGUUGAGUGGAAGACUCCUUCGCCCAAGCCUCUUGUCGAUUUUGACUUGGAUGCCAAGAAACCCGAGCUUUACCGACCCUGUCGCCAUGGGCCUAAUCACGUCACAAUGGGCAUUCGAAAACUAGACUGGAAUAAUUGGAUUGAGAUGGACUCCAACUUUCUCUGGUACCACGAUCUCAAGGUCUCGGAGCUCGAGAAAGACAUCGAUGCGCAUAUUCAAUAUGUUGACAACGCUGUCACUCGAGAUGCCUGUUUUGAGGUUCUGGAGGAACUGACUGCAUACUUGACUGUCCGAUAUCCCAAGAUCUUCCAACUCAGCAAUGGCAUUCUGCGCAACACUUUGACCAAGGAAGAAUUCAACUACCCAGCCAAUACUCCCAAGGAUGCAAUGGCAACAGCUGCGAAACUUGUCCAGGACGAUCUCGUCAUCAUGGUUGAAGAAGACGACGGCCAAUAUCAUCUUGACGCUGGAGCUGUCUGUCUCCCUGGCUUCUGGCGAUUGAGCGAAAAGUUCAGAAUGUCUCUCGACACUCUACACAUCGAAGCCAAGGUUCCUCACUAUCAGUCAAAGCUGCAAAAGUCUAUGAACCGCUUCUUCAAGACGAUGCAGCCAGACAAGGCGGUGAUUCGUAACAACUUCUUCAUCCAACUCGACGAUGGUCUUCACUGGUCUCACCGAAUGGGCGAUCAAGACAGCAACGAAGUAGCUUCCUGGGAAACGGCAAACGACAAGGGUCUGACCAUCAACGACCUCUACUUCCGCUCUGAGAGACAGUCACUCCGACGACUUCCCAGAUCCAAAGCUCUUCUCUUCACGGUUCGUACAUACUUUGAGCCUAUCACUACAAUUGCACAAGAGCCCCAUGUUCCAGGACGCCUGGCUGAAGCUAUUGAGAAUUGGGAUGAGGCGGCUUCAAAGUACAAGGGCAAGCAUCACUGGGCGGAUAUUCUUUUGCCGUAUUUGCACGAGCAGGAUGAGUUGCAGAAGAGAUCGGGAGUGUUGGAGAAGAUUCCAGAGGGAAGCUUCCCGUACUAG